AUGAAGCCCCAGAUUGCUCUUCUUUUGGUCUGUUUAUUCAGGACAAGCUUUGCUCUUCCAGUGCAGAUUGGAAUUAUUGCAAGCAACAGCAAUGAGAUUCUGAGACUGAACGGAUUAACUCUCGCAGCUCUUGGGCAAACACAGGGGUCUUCCAUAUUACCCCAGUUUGUUCUGCAGCAGCAGCCUGAGGUGCUGCUCACCCCACAGGUGCUAAACCUGAACCCUCAGAUGGCUGGACCCUUCCCUCCACAGGGUCCACAGCUUUUCCUCCCCUCUCAGGGCAACCAGCUUACGCCUGUGAUCAUCCCUAAUGGACAGCAGGAGCAGGGUGGGACCCCACAGGACCCAAAUGCUCCUAACAUCCCCCAGCAGGCUCAAAACCCUGUCCAGAUGUUUCCAUCUUUCCAGUACCCGUCUUAUGGAUUCCCUCAGUUUCCCAGACAGCAGGGCUACCCUUACUUUUUGAAUCCGUACGGCUAUCCCCAGCAGAGGAACACCGCGGUGCAGCAGCCCAACAACGCUCAGCAACCCCUGGAGAGAACCACACACAGACCACAGCUCCCUCUGCAGCAGGCUUCCCUGCCUAAGGUGCAAACAGAAAAGACUUGGCCUGCAGGAACACAGAGAGAGUCUACUACAAUUCCUCCUGAUCCUCGAGGUGACGCAUCUGGACCUGGAGUUGAUGAGGGUCACUCCAACUUUCCCUUCCUGUUUGAGCCGUAG